AUGGCGCAUAAGCGGCGCCGCCACGAGGACGAAGGAUACGACGACCAGCCGACCAUCAAGUACGCCACCAUCGAGGACCACGAGAUAAUGGUCCCACAUCACAAGGACGAAUCGGUCCCCCAUCGACCUCUCAUUCGCGACGUCCGCUUCCCCAAGACAACUGUCACCAGUCAAACGAUCAGCAUCCACAUCGCCGCGAUCACCAACCUACUCGGCCUCCCGCCGAACAAGACUCGACCCAAAGCCCGCGCUAUCGGCCCUACAGGGCCAUCAAGAAGGGCGCCCAUGUCAACGACGUGA